AUGACUAAGAAAGUGAGAAGGCGUGACUGGUUUGAUGCAGAAUGUAGGGCUGCGACCGACAAUAAAAAUGUAGCGUACCGUAAGAUGUUACAACGGAAUUCCCGGAGCAUUAGAGCACAGUAUAAACUAGCGCGAAGGAAGGAAAAGAAAAUACAUAAACACAAGAAAAGAGUACGAGAUGAAGAGGAAGUUAGUGAUAUAAACGGUUGCGGAAUAGAAAUGACCUUAGACUUCUACAAAAACGUAAAACAAAAUACAACAUAUUGUGCGGACAGUAGGGAUGACAGCCUUCUACCAACGAUCGAUGAAACAGUAGCGGCGAUCAAUCGCCUCAAGAACCAUAGAUCCCCCGGGCAGGACGGAAUUCCGGCUGAGAUAUUAAAGCAAGGAGGCCCAAUGUUUACCCAAAAGUUCCAUAUGCUUAUAGAAGAAGUGUGGCUUACAGAAACUAUGCCCGAACAGUGGAACUUAGGUGUUAUCAUUCCCUUGCUUAAGAAAGGAGACACGCUCAACUGUCAGAAUUACAGGGGUAUAACGCUCCUCAAUACUGCGGAACAAGACGACGUCUCCCCCACAUUCGCCACGCAUAAUGGCCUAAGACAGGGCGAUGCACUUGCGUGCCGUCUCUCCAACGUAGCACUGGAAAAGUGCAUUCGAGACGCUGAUCUAGAGACCAGAGGUACAAUAUUCUAUAAGUCAAUCCAAGUGCUGGAUUACGCAGAUGACCUGGAUCUAAUCACGCGUAACAAAACACAGCUACAAGAAGCUAUACCGAAAGAAAUUGCCACUUUAUUAAAUUUGCCUGAAGCUAAUGAAUACACAGGGCACAGUUUCAGAAGGUCCUCGGCUACAUUACUCGCCGAUUCAGGUGCGGACUUAUUAACACUAAAACGCCACGGAGGGUGGCGGUCGAGCAGUGUAGCUGAGGGAUACAUAGAUGACUCGUUGAGAAAUAAAGAAGAAAUUAGCUCUCGCAUUACAAGGAACAUACAUUUGGAGUCAAGUGUUGACUUUCAACCAUCCACAAGCACACAGGCGUACAUUCCACCAUCGUCGCUGCAGCCGCAACCGACGACUGCAGAACUCUGUGGUCUCGUUUCUCCUACUUUCACUCAAGAGAGUGAGAGAGAAACUGAGGAAAUUAAAGGAUCACAACAUCUUCACCCCCUCAAAUUCUCAAACUCGUGGGCACAAACGGACGAUGAAAGAGCAGAAGUAUUUGCAACUCAUCUGGAAAAAGUAUUCAAGCCAAAUGAUGGUGGUGAUGAAUCUGACGUUGAUGAAAUACUUAACCAAGAUCUCCAGCUGUGCUUGCCACUGAAACCCACAUCCCCAAAAGAAAUAGCGAGUGAGAUUAGACGGCUAAACUCCAACAAGGCCCCUGAAUUCGACCUAAUCACCCCCACAAUUUAA